AUGGGAGUGUUUUACGAAAUGUGUGAUUCGGUGAAAAACAACAAACUGGCACUGCCAACACCAGGAAGUAUUAUUCGAACAGCACGAUGCGCCUCGUCCUCGAAAGAUUCAUCAAAAAACGACGUGGAAGUUGGAUCGGCGAAAUUUUACGCAUUAUGUGCUCUCGGCGGAUCCCUUUCUUGCGGCAUAACUCAUUUUUCGAUCACCCCACUCGACAUUGUGAAGUGCAGAAUUCAGGUCGAUAAAGAAAAAUAUGGAAAUAUGGUUCAAGGUUUCCGUGUAACGGUUGCUGAAGAAGGAAUGAAGGGAUUGACUCGUGGCUGGGCGCCGACGUUCAUUGGCUAUUCGCUGCAAGGACUCGGAAAAUUUGGAUUCUAUGAGGUCUUCAAGAACCUCUACAGCGGAAUGCUUAGCGAGGAGAACGCCUACAUAUACCGUACAUCCGUCUAUCUCGCUGCUUCUGCUUCUGCUGAAUUCUUUGCGGACAUUUUCCUCUCCCCCAUGGAAGCCGUAAAAGUUCGAAUUCAAACUUCUCCAACUGCGCCUCCAACUCUUCGCGGUUGUGCUCCGAUGAUUUAUAAGACUGAAGGACUCUUCGGAUUCUUCAAGGGACUUCCACCUCUUUGGACGCGCCAAAUUCCGUAUACUAUGAUGAAAUUCACAUGUUUUGAGAGAACUGUGGAAUUGCUUUACCAAUACGUUGUGCCGAAACCUCGCAGCCAAUGUAGCAAAGGCGAGCAGCUUUUAGUGACAUUCGUGGCCGGAUACAUUGCUGGCGUUUUCUGUGCAGUCGUCUCUCAUCCACCAGAUACCCUGGUUUCCAAACUCAAUCAAGAUUCUGGAGCUAGCAUUGUGAGUCUCACCAAGAAACUUGGAUGGAAAGGUCUGUGGGGAGGACUGGGUCCUCGAAUCAUUAUGGUCGGAACAUUGACUGCGCUCCAAUGGUUCAUCUACGAUUCGUUCAAGGUUGCAAUGAAUUUGCCACGUCCUCCUCCACCCCAAAUGCCGGAAUCAUUGAAGCGAAAGUUGGAAUCGACUAAAAGUGCAUGA